AAUAUGGCGGAUUCUUGUCGACCCGUUAGUCGCCAUGGAAGAUACCAUGCACCUGGCCACACUAUUGAUACGAGUGGUCGAUACGCAGAUGACAUUCCGAGCUAUUCCACCAUAGAUUAUGUUGAUCAAGAAGAUGUUUAUAAGCUGAAGCAGCAAGCUGUUGCCAUGGAUAUAGACUCCAUGGAGAGGCCAAAAACAAGUACCGGGCGUAGAAUUCGUCCCAAAUCUAGGAUGGGCCGACCUCCUGUGGAUCCCAGUCCUGAAGACAAUGGACGGCCAGCCUCUCGCAUAGGCUAUACUCCAGAAACCUACAAAAGACACGAUUAUGAUGAAUACUCCCGCCAAACUCUUACACUGGACAGCCAGAUUAGUUCCGAUGAUAGCAGUGGACUUAGUCCGCCUAUGUCUCCUGCUGGUCGCCAAGGUUCUCCUGUCCAAACGCGACCAAGUCCCGCUGGACAUCCAAAGUCACGUGAAAGUCUGUUUGGUGAAAGAAAGGGAAUGUCACCAUCGAACAGACAACAGAAAUUAUCUGGGUUUAGAAGUCCAGGAUUGACUCCCAGUCCACAACAACGACCUACUUCAGCGAACAGAUACCACACAUCUCCAUCUGAAAAUUCCAACAGAAAUUCACCAAUGGAUAAAUUUGAUCGGUCUUCAGGGGAUAGCACUUCUUAUUUACAACAAAAGCGAAAAAGUUCUAGUUCAAAGCGUCCUUCCUUUUCUCGAGACUCUAAUACGCAAGACCAACCUCUCUUUGGAAAUGACAGUUACGGUGAGGAUACUUCAUCUUACUAUCAUGAAAGACCACCCUCAUCGUCUGAAAAUCUUCCGUCAUCAAGGGAUAAUUAUGAUGGGUAUUAUAUAAACCGUGACACUGGUUAUGAUCAGAAUCCGGAAAGUGAAUUUUCACAGAGAAAUGAACAACAAAUACAAGAUAAUGUAUACAAACAAGGCAACAAGAAACAACGAUACUCUGCUCGAACAAAAUCGGGAAAGAAGCGUAGACCUCCAGGAAGUGCAAGAAAAAAACAAAAUGUGCUUGACACAGAACCGGAAUCUGUCAUCGAAAACUUGCCAACUCCUGCCACGAUGAGACCUAUGUCUUCUCUGACAAGAUACAAACUUCUGCCGGCAAUUGGUAUUCCGCAGGCUCCCCGUCGUGAUGAAAUUUCUUUAGACUCACUGUCAUUAAGAACACAGAAACUGGAUUUUAGUAAUGAUGAAGACCAUUCGUCAGGAAAAGAACCACCAACUGCAGGUCACAUGACAGAACAGUCUAACUCCCGUCCUCUUUACAGGUCAGAAAGUGAUUACUCAGAGGAACGAAGAUCAAAAGACAUUUCAAGGGAUAUUGAUGUAUCGAUAUCCUCCGACGAACCAGACAGUAGAUUAUUACCAGGUUAUCAGGAAUCUGAGGAAACAUAUAGUAACCAUGGUUACCAGAAUUUACAGGAGAGUUCCAAAUUUACACCUCAUAAGUUACCAGCUGAACCAUCAGAGGGAGCCACUCGAAUUCUUCUGGCUGUGCGUUUACUUGAUGGGUCUCGUAAACAACACUACUUCAGAGUCACAGACAGGCUUGAAAUGGUGUUACAUUUUGCAGAAAACUGUAUGAAUUGCGAUUUGUCGUUGCAUGACUUAGUCAGAAAUAUGCCUCGAAUUGUGUACACAGACUUAAAUGUGCUGGUUGGAGAGGCGGACUUGGAAGACCGAACUGUUUUAUACCUUGAAGAGAAAGACUCAUAGCAUGUCCGUCACACGAACUUGUGAAUACUGGCACGUUGGAGUUCCUCCAACGAAUUGUGUAUGUUCUUAAACAGUCUAUUACCUAGCAGUAGUGUCAGGAGGUGUCUCGAAGUGGCCUUUACUGUUUACUUUAAAUAAAGAUAAACAAAUGUUCUUAUUUAACGUCAGAUUGGUGCAGUAUAUUAAUGAUAUCAAGGAUCCCUCUACCACCGCCAAAAACUAAAAUUAGGAAUUCAAAACUUUUCCUAAAAACAGCAAUGAAAAUAUAAUGUUCAAUCCUCUGAAAAGAAAACUAUACCUUGUGUAAAAUUUAUGAAGAAUAAUACAAAUUAAAAGCAAUUAAUACAGGGUAAUUUUUUAUAUUUUUACGAGUGGUCAGAGAGUAAAAAUUGAUCUUGGCCAGACUAGGACUUGAACCCAGGACCUCUGACCACAAUACGGUCGCUUGAAGCAAUUAAGCUAGUUGAUUAGGGACUGUUUCUUGGCCCAGUCCAACUACAGUCAUAGUUCAAACAAAAUUAAGGGGAGAUAACUUUACAUGUGGAAAAACUACAAUGGAAUUCUCUAGUGUUUUGCCUGCAGUGGGAUAUAGGAAUCUUUGAGCUGUGUAUCUGUCCAUUUAGUUUUGAAUGCAUGGAAUAGCAAUAUUACCUAAAGGCAGUAAUGUACAGUUAUGAUUCCUAAUUCAUUUUAAAACAAACUGUAGGUCGUCUUUAUCAACUUAUUCAUCCCUGAAGACACAAGUUUACUCUUCCAAUUCAAAGGUUGGAACAGUUCAUCAUGAACUUUCAGGGGUGAACGAGUUACCUUAAAAUAAAGUUAUUAUGUCAGGUAUAUGAGCUCGAGGUUCACAAUGACAUGAGUGUUGUUAUUAUAAGUUAGUUGCAAGUGCUAGAAAAAACGUACAUGAUAUGUAUAAUUAUCUGAUGUUUAUUAUAAAAAAAACAUACCUAAAUAUGUCAUGCCAAUUCUUAGUGACGAAUGUUACUUUUUUUUUAUUCAUAUCCAAAGAUUUUUAUUGUGUCAAAAUCUCUUUGUAGUCUGUGAUAUUUAAAUUUGAUAGUUGUUUUACUGUCAAAAGUUAUAAUGAUAUCUUUAUACAAUAGCUUUUAUGUAAAAUUUGUAUAUGUUUAGAAUUGUUUGAUCUGUUUGUUAAAAGUAUUUUGUAUUUAUUGUGAUGCUUUAAUUAUUGAUUUUUGUUCUAUUUUUUUUUAUUUAAAUAUCAUUGUUUUCAGUGUGUUAACUGAGUUAGCUGAUCUGAAAAAAAACACCUUUAAGCAAGUCUGGAAUAAACUAUAUUACUUGAACUGUAAAUACCCACUAAUAAACCCAUGCCUGGUAAUAAGCCCACUCAUACUAUUGUAGUUCAGUAAAAAGCAAAUGCUAUUCUAUUGCCCUAUUGUAAGUCCAUCCCCCUACUUUUUUUAGUGAGACAUGUGUAUAUUCACUGCAUAACUAUAAGUGAACCAGAAGAAUCUACUUACAAUAAUAUACACUAGAAAUUCAGUUGUUUCAAAACAAUAAGUAGGAAUAUACAUAUUUUUUUAAUAGUUUUUUGCUGUAGAGAAGUUUCAGAUUAAUUUACCUUACAGUGAAAUGUAUUACUUAAGAAUGGUAUUGCAUGUAAUUCCAUGAUUAUGUUUUAUCAUCAGUGAAACCUUAUUGAGAUUAUCUUUGUGAACCAGCUUUAUAAAAUUUUCUUGAUUUUCCCUUUUUGAAGUAACUGACAGCAGUAACUGACUGCAAAAAAAAAAGAAAAAAAAGAAAAAUAAGAUAAAAAAAACAUACUAUUUCUACCUUAUGCCUAUUCUCUAAAUUUGCAAUGAUUUUUGCAGUAUAUUCAACAUCAGCUAUUUUCCCAAAUAAUUGUCUGACUCUAAACAAAAUACAAAUUAUGUAUUUAAAUUUGUAGUAACAAUUCUUAAGGAAUAUUCUGUGAAAUUUGUGUAUGUCAUUUUAUUCUAGCUACAUCCUGUUCACCUUUUAAAUUCUUCUUGCUAGUAUUUCAAAACAAAAUAGUUUUUCUUGAAAUCAAUUUUGAUAUUUCAAAUCUUUUUCAAUAUUGUCACCAAGGUAUAGCAGUAUAAUGUAUUAGUUGUCUUUGUUUUGUAUUCCUUGAGUUACUUGAAAUUUGUUCGUAAACACAUCCCAAAAAAUAAUUCAGGUACUUUCCUAAAGCAGCCACAGCAUUACAUAACAACAAAACAAAAACACAUUCCAUCUGUCAUAUUUAUACGCAUAUUAUGGUAUGGCGUCGUCCAUCAGGCCGGCUGGCUUAAACUUUUGUUUGUCCGGCAAUCUCCUCCUACAUUUUUUGACCGAUCUCUUUGAAACUUGGUAUGCAUUUGAA